AUGAAGCUGCUUUAUGCGCUUCCUCUGUUGCUGAUUCAUUCAUGUUACUCAUUCGAUUUUAAAAAUCUCCAAAAUGUACACGAAGCAGCAAAGAAACACACUCUACAAUUAAUUUCUUUAAUGGAAGAAUCAGAAAUGAUACGAUUAGGUGAAAAGGGCAAGGAUAAGAUGAACCAAAAUGAGGAAGAUAUAAAAAAUGUAAGGAAGAUGUUAAACAGUAUACAUCUUUCAAUUAAACAUUUAUAUUCAUCACUCGGUUUAACCUUUAAGAAAGAAUUGUAUCUAUUUGGAGAUGGAGUUGGAGAAAUGAAUGAAAAUAAAAUUGAUCAAGCAGGUGUCUAUCAAAAUAGUAACGAAAUUUUUACCAAUGAGAAUGUUUUACGUGAUAUAAAAACAGGGAGAGAUAUGGAAAUUCAUUUGGAAAAAAUGGUACAUUAUUACAAAAAAGAAUUUAUGAAAAGUAAGACUCCACGAGAUUGUUAUUACAUUAACAGGAAGAAUUCCUUACGUAAGCAAAUUGAAAUUUUUAAAUUUACCUACAGUUUUAUACUCACAAAACUGUACUAUAGAAAUUUUGUCAAAUACUUGAAAAAAUUUGCAACCACAGAGGGAGACCUUUUCAACGUUCUCUUUAAUUCUUCUUUUGAUAUUAAAGAAAAUGUUUAUUCGAGAAAUUUCGAAAAUUAUGAUGGUCCUUUAAUCGUCGAAGGGGGAGAGCACUCCACAGGGAGAGGCAACACAGGUGUUGUUGGAAGCACAGGAGUUGUUGGAAGCACAGGAGUUGUUGGAAGUACAGAAGGUGUUGGAAGUACAGAAGGUGUUGGAAGUACAGAAGGUGUUGGAAGUACAGAAGGUGUUGGAAGCACAGGAGUUGUUGGAAGUACAGGAGUUGUUGGAAGCACAGGAGUUGUUGGAAGUACAGGAGUUGUUGGAAGCACAGGAGUUGUUGGAAGUACAGGAGUUGUUGGAAGCACAGGAGUUGUUGGAAGCACAGAAGGUGUUGGAAGCACAGGAGUUGUUGGAAGUACAGAAGGUGUUGGAAGCACAGGAGUUGUUGGAGACACUAAUCAUAUAGGUGACGGAGGAAGGGGCUACAACAACCAAAUGGGUAUGAAUAAUCAGGAAAUUAAUCCGGGGAAUGACCAUCCAAAUAGACAAAAAAAUGUGGACCAGGAAGAAAGGGCAAGAUGUAAUAAUGAGUACAGAAAUAUCGUGGGGGAAAAGUGCACGAAAGAGUUUGUCGAAAAUGUAAGAAAAUUUCUGAACAAUGUAGACAUUUCUCUCGAAAAGGAGAUACAUAAUUCUGUGAUAGACUUAAGAAAAAAUAUGCUACAAGUGUCAGAAGAAGAGUUUGGCCAAAAUAACUGCAAUGAUGUGGUGAAAGAACUGGUAGAUAAAAGUUAUGAUAAAAUAUCUUUUGAAGAAAAUGAACAUUUUGAAAAAUUUACAAAAAAUUAUAUGGAGAAAAAUUUAUACACAUUAUUGGAAAAGGAAAAGAAGAAAAGCUAUAAAAAAAGAAAUUUUUUUGAAAAAUAUUUUUUUUUUCUUAUUGAAAAAAUGCUGGAAAUUAGGCGAAGUAUAGAAAACAAAUUGGAAUCCCUCUCCAGCGUGUUGGCACCUGCACCUGCACCUGCAUCUGCAUCUUCACCUUCACCUUCGCGUAGCACCAAAUUUCACAUUUUUCAGAAAGGAAAUUUUCAACAAGUUAGACUAAAUGGAGGAAAAGAAAUAAAGGAGAUCUUCCAAUUACUUGAUGAUUAUUUAAAUACCUACUCAUUUACCCAUCAACAUGCAAAUGAUUACUACAAAAAUAUUAGAGAUAUUUUUUCUUUGGACUAUAUUUGGGAAAACUCAAAAGAUAACAGAGUCUACAUAGCCGAAAAGGUUGCGCAAAAAAUUGGUGCAUUAAAUGAUUCUUUUUUGAUGUAUAAGAAUGCUAAAAAUAAAUAUGAACAGUUCAUAGAAAAAUGUAUACAGAGUAGGGAAGGUAUAAACUCGUCUAGAAAUGAUGAAACUGGAAAUUUUUCUAAAAAGAGUGAAUUACAUGAGGGAGACUCCCCAAAAUCAAGAGGAUCAUAUAAUAACAACUCAGCUAAUCGUGCUCCUCACCCUUCAAACAAUUAUGUAGACAAGGAGUACCUUCCAUGGGAAGAAUCAGCUAGUGAAAACAAAUCCUUUUGGAACGAAGAAGACAGAUUAAAGAGAGAUAAACUAAACUAUGAAUUAAUAAAACGGGAAGAUGAAUAUUUACACAGAUUGAGAAAUGUUGUGAGUCUUGUAAACCGCUAUAAGAAAUUGAAAAAUAAAAAAAUAAAAAUAAAGCACAUUUCAGAUAUACAUAAAAUUGAACGGGAACCAAUAGUACUUGUACUAAAAUUUCGACAACAUCAAAUUGUGAAAUAUUAUAAAAGCACCUUGCUGUUCAUAAAAAUAUUUAUCAUGAAAAGGAUAUUACUUAAAUUAAAACUGAAGAUAAAAUUUUUAAGAAGAAUUACCCCAUCAGCCUUUUUAUUGAAUAAACACUUCUUAUACAAGAUGUAUAACAACAUUAUGAAAAUUUGGGGUGCGAACUAUCAAAUAAAUGUAAACAAAAACUUUUGCAAUGAUAUAACUCUGGAAAAUCUAAAUGGUAUGAUGAAACAAAUGGACCUUCCAAACCUUCUGAUCAAGUAUAUGUUCUACAUAUUCUCUCUCAAUCCCACGUUCAUGAGUGAGUACCUUGGAAUAGACAAGGAUAAUAGUACAAAUUCGAACUAUGUCUUUGGUGAGAUAAAUUAUGAGGAUGACAACUAUGGAAAUGAAAAAGAUCUGCACAUUUUGUAUCAACGGGCUAAAAAUUUUAAUAAAAAAUCAUUCGUGCAUGCACCACCACAUAUUUUACAAGGAAGGAAAAUAUUUCCCAAUGAGAAAAAUCCGACACCUAAUGAGAAAAAUCUGACACCUAAUGAGAAACAUCCAAAACCUAAUGAGAAAAAUCCAUUACAUAAUGAGAAAAAUCCAUUACCUGAUGUGAAAAAUCCAUUACCUGAUGAGAAAGUAAAAAAAUCGUUCGACCAAAUUUAUUCUUAUUUUUUCAGUAUAUUCGAUGAUGACGAAAUUUCAGGGCAUAUUUUAAAAAAGUUUGAAAACUGGGAAGAAAGUCGAUCGUCUGGUUGUUCUGGUGAUCAAGCAUGUUCCAAAGAUAACAAAAUUUACAUAAAGGAUAAGAUAAAAGGUUUUAUUUUUCAAAAUUUGGACAAACUAGAAAGCGAGUUCGAUGCGAUAAAUGAGACAACUAUAUCUUCAGUUAGUUCUUGUGAAACUUCUCCUUUUUCUUCCUCUUUGAAAAUUCCAUCCCAAUUGUUAAAUAAUGAAUUUAUCACAAAUUCGCUAUCCGAGUCGUUUAAACAUAUCCUGCACAGAAAGCAGCAAAACCAGAUGUUUAAAUUGUACUAUUUAUAUAAACGAACACAUACAACCCUUAUGGAAAAUAUUCUUCUUCAACUUGUUAUGAAUUAUGGCAUGAUGCAUUACAACAAGUUGAAGAGUAACAUCGUGAAAUCCUUUUGUGCAAAGCGUGGAAAAACAGAUGAAGAGGAGCAAAAUCCAAAUGUUGCUCAUUCAGAGCAGUUCCUUUCGAGAAACAAAAACGGGAAGGUUAAACACAUUCCAAAUGAAGAUUAUCUGAAGAGAGGAAUAGACACCAUUUCCUGCUCUGUGCAGAAAGGAUACGAUGACCAUGAUCCUCAAAAGACAGAUACAACAUCUAUAAAAGUGUCAAGUAUGAUUGGGAAUAAAAAGUAUGAUAAUUUGGGACCACAUUCCAGCAGUAACAAAUCGAACCAUUUGGUCAUAUGUAAUUUGAUAGAUGGAGUGAAAAAAAAAAUAAUUACAUCUUUUAAAAUAAAAAAUGUAACGUAUAUCCCAAUUGGAAAAUCACUGCUCGAACCAGGAAAAGAAAACAGAAACAGGAACACAAUAUAUGACUACGAAUUUUAUGCACUUUUUUUUCAAGACGUGGUUAUAAAGGAGGAAAGCUCAUCUAAGAAUAUAUAUCAAAUGGAUUUUAAAAGGGAACAGAUCUACUGUAAUAAACAGAAGAUAUCACAUUUUGUGGAAAAUAAACUGGUCAAUAAAUUUGAUGAAACGCUAGAGGUGAAGAAACAGAACAAGGUACCCCUUCUUCUCAUGAGGAGUAGUGCAGUUAUCAAAAAGGAAAUAUUAUUCGAGAGGGAAUCCAUGGAAUACUACAAUUUAAUUUUAAAUUGGAUUCAUAAACAUAAAAUGAACAAAAAUAAUAACCUUGAAAAUGUAAGAAAAAUUGAAAGAGAGAUAUCUGAUCUGCGCUGGAGGGCAAAAUUAUACGAUGAGAAUAUUUCACAUGUGAAGGAAAAAAUGGCUGAGAUGAGAUAUUCAAUAAAUGCAAAUAUCAGCAGGAGGAGAAGGAGCAAUAACCUCCAGAAUUCCUUGCAAAAGAAAUACAAAGUAGAAGUUACAAGGGCAGCAAGGGAGAAAUAUGAAUCUCUGCUAGAUAUAUAUAAAGACAUAACAGAGCUGUUUGAAAAAAGCGAAAAAUAUUUAAAUAAUUUGAAAAGGGAAAAUGAAAGAGAAGAAGAAAAAGUGGGGAAAAUUUUCGAGUUAAAUAAAUACUCUCUCUUGAGAAAACAUCAAAUGGAAGAUUUGAAAAUGUACACUUUUUAUCAUGAGCAAAUAUUAAAGUAUGCUAAGAAGCAAAAUGUGUGUUGUGAUACGUACAUAAGGGAAAUCAAAAUUCAUUUGAAGUUUUUACCUCCAUUUUGCUGUUCCAGGGGGGAGAGAGGUGAAGAUAAAGAUGGAGACAUUGGUAGAGACAUUGGUAGAGACAUUGGUAGAGACAAUGGUAGAGACAUUGGUAGAGACAUUGGUAGAGACAAAGAAAUAUACACCAGUGUGAGUGACCUACUUCGCGAUUUUAUACGAUGUGAAAAGAACACGAACAGGAUACUGGUUCAUUUUAAAAACAUUAAGAACAGAUUACACAUAAUAGACAUAGUUAAUGCGAAUCUUCAUAAAAAACAGAGAACUUUUCACCUCAGUACUAACUAUUUUUAUAUGGAAAAAAAAAAGGAAAAUAUUUAUUUCUUUACUGACAAAGAUGAAAAUAUAAGAAGUUAUAAAACGUAUAAAGAACUUAUAGGAAACACAAAUGAUGAUUUGUUGAUAAUGCAUAACAUGAAGGAAAAAGUGGAAGACAGAAAACGGAUACUCGAGGAAAUUGAGAAAAAAAUGCCGUCUUUAUUACAAAUAAAAGAAAAGCUAAAAACAGACACUGAUGUGUUAUCAUCUAAUAUACAAACAUUGUACACAAACUUUUUUUAUGAAAAUAUGUUAAAUUAUGAACAGAUCAUAAAUUUUGAAAAAAAUUUGAAAAAAAAAAUUAUUGUAUAUAAAAAUGUAAUGAAUAACAUUAGAUACUCCUUUGAGAACCAACUUAACGUUACCACUCAUCCUUUGGCACUGUUUUAUAACUUUGUGCAGUAUGAUAGUAAAAAAUAUAUAGAUGCCAUAAAUUUUGUUGAUCAAAUUUUGGCAUUUCACGAGGGGGAAAAUGAUCUGCUCCAGCAAGAAUACGUAACAAAGAAUGGAGAAGAAAAUCCCAUGACUAUACAUGAAGAAAUGUGGCGAGUAUUCAAUGAAUCUGGGAGGGAUGAAGUAAGUGGAAAAGGAUUUGAUGACGAGAGCAACCGAGACAGAGACAACUUUUACGCUGUAGUGGAUGGUGUGCAAAUGAACUGCAGCAAUAAAAGAUGUCCCCCCAAUUCUUUUUGUUUCAUUGAUGAGUAUGAUGAAGAAUGCUUCUGUUUUCUUAACUACACCAUGAUUGGCAAGAAUUGCAUUUUAAACAAAAAGAAUUCUUGUGAAAUGAAUAAUGGGGGAUGUGAUUUGAAAGCAACAUGUGAAUUAAAUAAAAAUAAGAUUAUUUGCUUUUGUCCCGAAGGUACUAGACCAGUACAUGAAGGGGUUUUGUGCAGUUUUUCUUUUGUUUCAUCAUUUUCAAAUAUUAUUCUUUUUCUGUUCAUCUUGGUAUAUAUCAUUUCGUAA